CGCAAACUCAUUCAUUCUAAACCAACGCAAGCCCUGGGCCAAACCAUGAGUGAUCAUGGUCCCAACCUCUUCGAUCCUUUAUGAAACCCCAAGUGCCACCGCCUUUGUGGUUGAUAUCCCCAGCUCCAUUGCGCUCGCGCAGGCACUGCCAGCACAAACCUCACCGCCACCACCCCAUUCCACCCCUUCUACCUCAAGGAAAAGUCAUGGUAGAAGAACCCUAUUAUCUUCGGCACCCUUGAGGGAGCCUUAUCCGCCAUCCACUGAGCCCAAGUCCGAGGCUGCGCGAGCAAGGGUUCUGGAAAGGAUUCCGCUCUCCGAACGGCAUUUCCAUUCAGUGUUCAUCGAGCCCCUCGUGGCUGAAAAGUUAACCGAGCUCCAGGACGCAUUUGAAGUCGGGGCCGAAUGGUGCUUGCCUCGCAUAUCAAUAGAAAGCGAUGCAAUAGAUGUACCAGCUACUGCAACACAGGAUGACCUGUUUCCAUCAGGAAAGAGGAAAAGGAGCGCCUGGCAACGCAGAGACAGUACAUGUCCAGUAUGGACUGUAGAUCCGGGAUAUAGCUCUGAUUGGGCUGGGUCGAGUUCUGUUUCCUCAGAUAUGAGCAACCCGCCAUUGAUAUUGUCGCCUGGCGUUAACGUCUUUGCACGCAUGUCCGAACUCUGCAAUACGGUUGUCAAAAACACGUCUGCUGAGCCAGCGAUGGUACAGAUACGAUGUCAAUCGGAAAGAGACAACACAAACCUGAUACCGAAGGAUAAGCAGGGAUACGAGCAAGAACACCCAUAUCAUUAUCAUUCAUUUUAUGUGCCCCCGCUGUCACAUUUCCUGCGUUGCAGAAUCCCAAUAUCUGACCCUAUCACGCAAUUUGACCCCAUUCCUGGCCUCCCUUCCGAAAAGAAGUUCAAUCUCAUCCUCUUCGAUCCACCGUGGACAAACCGCUCGGUUCGUCGAAGUGGCCAUUACCAGACGCAAUCCUACCUGGGCUGGGAACUUCUCACGGGGCGCCUUCGUGAAAUCCUACAGGUACACCUGCAAGAAGAUCCCACUCCGUCUGUGGAUGAUUCUGAUAGAGGAGGCAUUGAAAAUACCCAAGGAUCGAUAGCAGCGAUCUGGAUCACCAACUCUGCAAAGGCACGGAAGGCAGCUUAUGAUGCUAUACAGGGUGCCGGGAUCACUGUCUGCGAAGAAUGGGUGUGGCUCAAGACUACCACGGACGGAACGCCGAUCACGGCGCUGGGAGGACUGUGGCGGAAGCCAUACGAGAUUCUUGUUAUAGGGAGGAGAGUGCAUCCUCAAGCACCUAAGAGUGAUGGUGGUCUUGGAUCUAUAACCAGGAGGGUCAUUGGGGCUGUUCCUGAUGUGCAUUCACGGAAGCCGAACCUGAAGGAACUCUUCGAGAAGAUGUUCUUCAGCUCAUCGGCAGGCGAUCGCAUGCCAUACUCUGCUCUAGAGGUCUUUGCCCGCAACCUCACAGCUGGAUGGUGGGCCUGCGGGGAUGACGUUCUGAAGUUCAACUCAGAUGAAUGGUGGGCUGACGACGACAUCUGAGCACUAUACUUCUACACGCCCUCAAUAUUCACAUCCACCCAGCCAGAAGCAGUACACAACCUGUCUCCAAUCUACCAUAACCGGGUAUACGUACAACAUUCACCGCCACGAUCUAA